UUGGGACAAAUAUACAGAGACGCCAAAAUGGACAUGUUGUCACUUUUGUGCGUGCUGUUGACGCUGUCUUUCACGACGGCCUCUGAUAUUGUCAAAGUUGAUGUGUCUUCCAAAUCCGAGGACCCUUACGGCCACCUCCAUGCCUACCACAUCGUCCAGCCUAUCCGACUGGAAGGGAACAGGAGGAAGCGGGACCUGUCAACCCGGACACACGACAAGGUUUUUCAUUUAUCACAGCCGUCGUUUUCCAUCAGAACUCCUGAGCGAGAUUUUGUAAUCGAUCUGGAGUUGAAUACCGGCCUUCUUUCUGAUCGGUUUAUAGAAGUAACCUUUGACAAUGAAGGUCAACGAAGGACAAAGAAGCUUCACCCGGAAAGAUGCUACUACCAUGGUAAAAUUCGCGGUAUUGACGAGUCCAACGUUGUAGUCCAUACGUGCCGCGGAAUAAAUGGAAUGAUUCAUGACGGUGACGAAAUCCAUUAUAUCGAGCCACACAUCCAUGACGACCGAGACACGCCCCAGAACCACGUGGUCUAUAGGAAGUCGGACAUCAAGAACCAGCCAAAGGAAAUGAGAUGCGGGCACAAUUCAACAAUAAAGAUGGACCACACGAUAUUAAAGGAGCCAACAGAAGCCAAGUCCCGCAAGAAACGCGCCAUCCCCACCUAUAACAGUGCCCUGUCCACGCGAUAUGUAGAGCUAUACAGUGUGACAGACUACAGGACGUACCAACGUUACUCCAGUAAUAUUACCGCCAUCAGGACGAGGGCCGUGCAGUUAGCUAACACAAUGGACUCGAUUUAUAAAACCAUGAACGUCCGGGUGGUCCUGGUGGCCGUAGAGGUGUGGUCAUCCUCAGACAAGGCUACUGUGUCCACUGACGAGGACGCCACGGUGGACGCCUUCUGUCAUUACAAAGAGAAUAAUUUGCCUAUGAAAAUAUUGGAUUACGACAAUGCACAGUUGCUUAUGUAA